AUGAGUUCUGAUAUCUUUGUUCGAAGUGGAUCCAUAGGUGAAUCCCAACUCGGAACCGCUAACAAGCGGUCUCGCAAGGACAAAUUCAAGCCCAAAUCCAGGAACAGCAGCAGGUCCAGCUUUGGUCUGGAGUAUGGGGACUAUUUGGAAAGUGUACAUAAGAAUUCGUUUUGGAAACAGGUUGGCAGAUGGAGACGACACAAAUAUGUAAAGAUCGCCAUUCCAUUUCUCUAUCUGGUGACGUUCAUUCUGGUUCUACAGAACUUCAACACAGAGUCCGACGAGGGUGCGGACGUUGGCCACAGAUCUGGCUCGUGGAGUUUGCCUACUGUUCAUGACUAUUUUACAAAGAAAUCUGCCAAGCCAGAUGCUAAAAAUGAGCUGUUGGAGGAGAACAAAGGUUCCGAAAAUAAACUGCUGGACUUCAAAUACACCGCAGACGUUGCUGUUCUCCCUAAUUCUCCCUACAAGCAUGCCAGAGAAACGUCUGAUAUCCGCGCCACAAGAACAAUCUAUUACGAGGCGAUUAGACAACAUCUGGAACAAUUACAAGACAAUCCCAAGGCAGCAUUGCCUGAAUUCGAUUUUCACUGGAAAGACUGGAUUGAUAUGCAAGAUCUGAUUCCUUUGUUGGAGCAGAAACCCAGCUGUUUUGUGGCCGGAGUGCUAGGGUCCAACGUUCGGACCCCUUGGCCCGGUUGCGUAGAUCUCAACAAUAAGGAGGAAGGCGAGCUCAAUUUCUACUUCGAAGGCCCUGCAGUGGACUACGAGUCGGAAUACAGACUGAGUCUUCGAGGCAAAACGUAUCUGUUUGCCUCUGCACCUCCUCCAAACAAGCUCAUCUUCCUUGCCGGUGAUCUGGCUUUUAUGGUGAAAGUGGCAGCAAAAAGAGAUAUUGUGAAAUCCGGAAUGUUGGAGAGUUACAUCAAGUCGCAAAUGGUGAGACAUGAUCUGACUUACCAAGAGGUGGUCAGCUCGCCAGUUUCCUCGUUCGACACUUUGGCCGAGAUCAGCCGGAUCCUGGGUCGGGAUUUUGUUGAUGCCAGUUCAAUGGGGGCCAACAAGACAGAAUUGAAAAUCAACCAAUUCGAGUUCCCUCCAAACAAGAAAAGAUCCAAGGCAGCAGCAGCAGCUUUCACUGCCCAGCAAAACCAUUAUCAUAACGUGCUUCUUCGAGAAAAAGAAGGAGCCGUCGGAGAGAAGAAAUACGACUGGCGAUUUUUCAGCAAUCUGAUCCUGCAAGAGACCGACAAAAGAAGCAACUGGCACCAGUUGAUACGUGGAUGGCUCCAUUUUUCAGCCAACCUCGGAAUCAACUCGUGGCUGUCUCUGGAGGCCCUUCUGGGGUGGCACAGAAAUGGACUGCUCAGUCCGUGGGAAGAGAGUGUCCAUUUCGAGGUGCCCGCAAGCGACAUGGUGAAGCUUGCCGAGUCAUUCAACGGAUCGUUGGUGAUCCAGGACGCAGCAGACGGAACUGGAGUGUUCUAUAUUGACGUGAAUCCCUACUACAUGGAACGGACAAGAGAUAACAACGGUAAUGCGUCUCCGGAAUCUGUUGAUCUAAGAUUCAUCGAUGUGCGAACAGGUUUGUACCUCGAGGUGAACGGUCUUGCAGUCAGCAAAGACGGGCUGUCUAUCCCAUCGAACGUGAUGGAGAUGUUUACCAACGAAGGAGACGUGCUGAGUGACCUGAAACCGGACCGGACCGUUGACGGAUCAAAGCGCAAGAUCGUCAAUAGUGGAACAGGAGUGUUCUACCACAUUGGGCAGCUGUCUCCUUUGAGACGGACGCUGUUCGAAGGCCGUCUGGCGAACGUUCCGAACCGUUUCGUGUCCAUUUUGGACAUGUUUUACAAAGACAUUAUCAACAUUCGGGAAUUUUAUGGACAUAAAUUUGUGGACCAUUUAAGAUUGUGGGUGGACAGCGAGAAAUGUCAGUACGUGCCGAGCGAAGACAUUGAGCUUUUCAAAAAGGGGGGUAGCAACUUCUUCGGCGCAUGCCACGACUUCAACAUUUGGCGCGAAUACAAUAGCACCAAGUCCGCAACAUUGUUCAAGCUGCUGGAGGCAGAGAACGACUACAACAUGGUUCUGAGCUCUAUCGACGAGCUUCCUUCACUAUACGACGACUACUGGGUGAACAAGCGGGAGAAGAUGCUGAACGCCUUGGUAUGUGUUACUGAUGCGAUAUUAACCGGUAGAUAUAAAGGGAUCAGUCCCGAAAAUACCAUUGUCGCGUUUAACGAGGCAGUGAAAAACGGGUGCACCGUUGUGGAGACCGAUCUCCACAUUGCUUCGGAUGGCGAAGUUGUUAUUUGCCACGACAUCGACACCAACCGAGUGUUUGGCGAGAAUUAUGUGGUGACCGAGGUUCCGUACGCUGGUGUUCUAUCCAAGCUACGUACCUUGCAAGCCCCACAUUUGCCAAUGCCAACUUUGAAAGAGGCCUUGGAAUGGUGCUACGAAACCAACAAGGAUCGCACUGUUCCUGUGAAGUUGAUGUUGGACAUCAAGUUCGACAACGAUCCUGUUAGAAUCGUGGACCUUUUGCUCGAAAACCUCGAGAAAGUUGGAGGCUUGGCAUAUUGGGAAGAUAAGAUUAUCUAUGGUCUUUGGGGGUCGUCCCAUUACGACCCGCGGAUUGCCAAGUUCGAGGUCAUUAACAUUUCGGUGGACAUUGAGAUGUCCAAAAAGAUCGUUCUGGACGUGAAACAGAAAGGUGGUCAUAUUGACGGAAUCUCCCUGAUCUUCCUAGCUAACGGUGUUUCGUCCAUGGUUCAAGAGAUUGUCCAUCUUUGCCAAACGGAAAAGAUUAGAUUGUGGCUGUGGACCGUCAACACUAGAGAGGUUGUGGAGUACUCUUUGGAGACAUACAAACCUUACAAGGUUGACGGCCAGCCGUUGUUGAAAGGUUUCAUCACCGACGACCCGGUGGCCCUGCUGACAACGAAAAAAGUGUCCAUAUCGCUCGGGUUCAAGGUGCGUAUGUUCUUCCAGAAAGGUAUAUACCUGACGGUGCUGUUCUUUGUCCGUCGCAAUUUUGGCGUUGCUCCUAUUGUUAAAGUUCUGAAAACAGUGGGAUUUAUAUAA